AUGAAUUAAGGCUGCUAAUAUAAAUAUUGUAUCAAUACCACCAGUAGCAAUCCAAUAUACUCGUGUUCUUAUUGUUAGAAUAUCAAGUAUUGUUCCCAGAAAUGCAGAGACACCGAUUGGUAUAUUGAGUUUCCAUUAUUGAAUAGGGCUUUAUCACAUAAGAAUAAUUGCCAUCCUGUCAAAGGAAAGAGUAUAACUGAACUGAAUGACUCUGCAUCCACCUUGAAAUCCAUUCGCAGAUCGCCAGAAGACUUCGAAAUAAUAAUCAAGGAUAAUAAAAUGGAAUUGGGAAAAGGUAGUUAUGGUUGUGUCAAAUUGGUCAAGGACAAACAGAAUGGGCAAAUGUAUGCAAUGAAAGUGGUAAUGUUUAUCAUUGAACAUAGAUGAACAAAAAACAAAUAUUCGAGUAUUGUUCUGUUGAAAAUCUCAAGAGAGAAAUUAAAAUUUAAAGAAGAUUGUAGCAUCCACAUAUAACCAAGCUAUUUCACUAUUUUGAAGACAAAGAAAAUGUAUUUCUUAUAUUAGAAUUAGCAGGUAUAUUAAAAAUCCUAUAUUUUUAAGAGAAUGGAAGUCUGUUUAGUUAUAUAAGGAAAAGAAGAAGACUCCCAGAAAACGAAGCCUUCGUCUACUUCUUCCAAACCUGUUUGGGAAUAGAUUACUUGCACAAGAAAAAUAUCAUACAUAGAGAUCUCAAACCAGAAAAUCUAUUGCUAGACAAACAAGGAAAUAUUAAAGUUUGUGAUUUUGGUUGGUCAGCCGAGACCACAUAAAAUGGAGUCAGAAGAACCUUUUGUGGCACUCUGGAUUACAUGGCCCCUGAAAUGCUCACCAAUCAACCAUAUAGUUUCACACUAGAUAUUUGGUGUUUGGGCAUCUUGUUGUUUGAGUUAAUCCAUGGUUUUGCUCCAUUCAAAGGGAGAACUGAAAAUGAAAAGUGCAAUAAUAUCAUCAAGAUGACUCCAAUAGAAUACGACCCAACAUUAUCAUUUGAGGCUAAAUAAUUAAUAUAAGGAAUACUCAAGCAAAACCCAAUUGAGAGACUGUCAAUGAAUUAGAUCUUUGAACAUCCAUGGAUGAAGAAAUUCUACAAAAGCUAUGGAAUUGAUCUCAAGUCCUAUAUGUGUAAGGAAGAUAAACACAAUGAUUCAAACCGAUCGAUCUCUCCUUAAAAUGAUGAUAUCAUAACAAGAUCAUUUGUUAAAGGUCCCAACCAGAAUAGUAACUCUGAAUUAAAACCUCUAUCUAAAUCCUCUAAUUAUGUUUCUCAAUAUAACAGCAAUAAUAAUGGCAAUAAUGGUAAAUCGACUGCCUCCUCUAAUUACAAUUAGGAGGAAGAUUUUAAGGCCAGAGUCAGCAGACUUUCCUAAAGAUAAUAAAUGGCUCAGGGAUUAAGAGAAAUCUAAGGGUAAUAGCCAAGAUAAGAGGAGCUGGGAUUCAUGGAUAAGGUAUUUUCAGCAUUUGGAUGUUUGAGCAGGGAUAAACAAUAAGCACAGUCUCAUAAUUAUUGA